AUGGCGUUUGUUGCACUUUCUCCGAAGGAGUUGUUGAUUGGAGCCUUGUGUGUGCUUGUUCUUCUCACCUUUUUCUCCACAACCAUUAUCUCCUCUCUUUAUGCCUUGGAUAUUCGUAUGGCAACUACUACUACAAGUAAAAUCACCAAGAAGGUUUUAGGUCGUCCGAAUAUUCCUCUCAAGAAAUUAAAUAUUAUUCCUCACUCAUUGUCUGUGAGCGGAUUGAGCUCGGGAGGUUUUAUGGCUGUUCAGUUCCAAUUUGCGUACAGUUCAAGCAUUGUUGGAGCUGGUAUUUUCGCUGGUGGUCCAUACUAUUGCGCUCAAGGACAAAUGGCCAAUGCUUUCGAUCAGUGCAUGUAUGCUGCUCUUCCAAUUGAUUUGAAUGCUUUGCAACAAGUAUUACAAGAUUAUGAGAGUUCAGGAAAAGUGGAUCGUCUUUCCAAUAUCAAGUCACACAAAAUUUUCUUAUUUAGUGGUACCUCAGAUAAUACAGUGAACACUGCUGUCAUGAAGACCCUCUAUCAACAAUAUCAACAAUUUGGAGUUCCAUCCUCAAAUAUUAAUGUUACAUUUAAUGUUCCUGCUGGCCAUGCUUGGAUUACAAAUGACUAUGGAAAUGAUUGUUCUGUCACUCAGAGUCCUUGGAUUAACAAUUGUAACCUUCGUGGUGCUUUACGUGUGUUGCAAACCAUUUAUUCCAACAACAUUACCGACAGCACACAAGCAGUAGAUCGAAAUUUAUUCACCUACGAUCAAUCUGGUUCUUUCUCUGGUACGGACAUGGAUGAGAAGGGUUACAUUUACAUUCCAACCGCUUGCCAACAAAAUACAGCAUGUAAGAUUCAUGUUGCAUUCCAUGGCUGCGAACAAGGUGUGUCCUAUGUGCAAGAACAAUUUGUUCAAUACACUGGAUUGAAUGCAAUUGCUGAAAAGAAUAAUAUUAUUGUUGUCUAUCCUCAAGUGACCUCUGGUGGCUUUGAGAAUAUUAAUGGAUGUUGGGAUUGGUGGUCAUAUUCAGGACCUGAAUAUGCUAACAAGAGAGGCUCUCAAAUGAGUGCUGUAGCUAAUGUGGUCAAAGCUCUCGGUGGUGACAUUGUUGUUUAA